CGCAGACAAUGGGUUACUAAACAUCGCAUACCAUAUAUAAACCAAAUUAGUUUUGCGUCUGGUAGUCUUGUGUUACGUUAAGUGGUGCGUGAUGGUGGCUAAGAUUAUUUGGAUCGUUGUUGCGGUUUUGGGGGCGGCGAUGGGUGAACCCCCGAGCACGAGUUAUGGGACGCCUCUGGCUAAUACCAUCAAUAAUUUUGCGGGGUACGACGGGAAUGGGUACGACCAGGGGCAUGGGCAUGGAGACCAUGGGGACCAUGGGGAGCCCAAAGCGUACGAAUUCGGGUACCAAGUCAAAGACGACUACUCCGGAAACAACUACAACCGGAAAGAAGCCAGCGAUGGUAAUCAGGUGAGAGGCGAAUACCGGGUUCAAUUACCAGAUGGUCGGACCCAGAUCGUCACCUACUACGCCGAUUGGCAGACCGGAUUCCACGCCGAUGUGAGGUACGAAGGCGUGGCGCAUUACCCGGAGCAUUACAACAACUACCAAGGCGGGAAUAAUUACAAUUCCGGGUACAAUAAUGGGAACAAUUAUGACUCGUAUUCUUCAGGGUAUGGCAACAAAGGGCGACCCGGGUACGAAUAUGGGGCUCCGUAAUUUUACAAAUUUUAUUAUUUAUUCUAAGUUUUGUACAUACACAGUCCAUUUUUGUACAUUUGUAUUUAA